AGCAUUGGCUGUCCAAUCGUGCGACGGGUCGGUGUCUAGUCGCAGUUCAGUUGCUUCUCAGAGGUGUCCGAAAAAGAGCUCACCAAGGGCGCCAAGAGGAUCCUGGACGACACCGAAGAGAACACUUGUGGCUUCGCAUCCUGCUUCAUCUUGGAUCAAGAUGGCCCUGCCACCCAGUUGAAACCACCAUUUCAAGAUGUGAAGAGACCGGUGACCUUUUGCACCGACAAGUCACUGGGGAUGGGGCUCCACAUCAAGGAAGGGCAAGAGAUGAGACGCUGGAACCCGAUUUUCUCGGACCUGGAUCAGGACCUGGAUCAGCCCCGGCAGCCGGGAGAAUAUCCUCCCUGGUUCAAGCACUACAAAGAGGCCGCAAAAAAAACCAAGCACGGACUCCUCAUUUUGCAGUUGACGGAUUCAUAUUUGAAGUCCAAAGCCUGCCUGUGGGAGUUUGGAUACGUGAGAAAACCCGAGCUUGUGCACGUCUAUGUGCCCAGUGGCGACAAGUCACCAGGCAGAAUCGUCAAAUGGGAGGAGCUCAUGGAAGAUGCGGAGCUUUGCAAGCAACUCUUCGGAGAGGCUUUGGGCCGCACGUUCCAGGCGAACUUGGAUGCAGAAGAUCCCACAAUGCAAGGCACCUUCACGCAACUUGAGAAGAUGGCCGAGACUGCAGAGGAACAGGAACACCAGGCGUGGUGCGAGCUGCCUUUUCGACAGCUGGCUUACAACUUUGCCGCGAACACUUUCGGGGAGGAAAGUGUAACCACCAUGCCGAGCGCAGACAAUCUGAUUGCCGUCUUCAAUCAAACUGGAUUUGCAGCCAAAGCCGAACAAAUUGGAAAGGAUUUGUUGGAGAGAAAGGAAAAUCAAUUUGGCAAAGAUCACUUUUUCGUAGCCACAACUUUGGCACUUCUGGGCAGUGCGCAUGGAGAUCUGGGCAACUACAGCCAGCAGAAGGACCUGCUCGAGCGUGCCCUGAGAAUCCUGGAGCAGCGCUACGGGAAAGAUCACCCCGAAGUAGCACUGACUUUGGCAAGUUUGGGCAAUGCUCAUGGAGAUCUGGGCAACUACAGCCAGCAAAAGGACCUGUUCGAGCGUGCCCUGCGAAUCAAGGAGCAGCACUACGGGAAAGAACAUCCCGAAGUAGCCAAGACUCUGACAAAUCUGAGCAAUGCGCAUGGAUACCUGGGCUACUACAGCCAGCAGAAGGACCUCCUCGAGCAUGCCCUGAGAAUCAAGGAGCAGCACUACGGGAAAGAACAUCCCGAAGUAGCAGUGACUUUGACAAAUCUGGGCAAUGCGCAUGGAAGCCUGGGUGACUACAGCCAGCAGAAGGACCUGCUCGAACGUGCCCUGAGAAUCAAGGAGCAGCACUUCGGGAAAGAACAUCCAGAAGUGGCGAUUACUGUGUACAAUCUCGGCGAAGCUCAUGACGAUCUGGGAGAUCUUCGCCGAGCAAAGGAGUUGGUGGAGCGUGCUUUCAAGAUCUUUGUGCAUCAUGGCAGCCCCUAUGCAGAGCGAGCUCAGCGUCGCCUGGCACAGAUGGAGGUGAAGAUGAUGCCCUCAGUGAGGCCCUCAGUGCCGAGGGGCUUCGUGGAAGCCGUCCGAAGAUCCACCCAGGAGCCACAACCGGGGAAACGGGCGGAAUCUUUAAGGCAGGGGAGAUCUCAAACAGGUCAGGCAACCCUUAAGUGUGAACAACCUGAAACGGGUGGAAUAUAUUAA